UACAUUGAUUAUGGCCUACUGCCAAUGUUAAUUGUUAAAUUCAAUUGAGAAACAUGUCGUAAAGUGUUAUAUAUUGGCACGUCUGAACUUAGUAAACUCAUAUUUUAGAUAAUCUGGAUAAUAUCUGUUAAACAUUGCAACUUCUUCCACUAUGGAAGAGUUUUCACGCAAGGUAUUCAGAGCCCUUGAUUCAAUUGGGCACGGCCCGGAUAUGAUACGGUUCAGGAGAAAAUUUUGGAGAUACUUCCCGAGGCAUUUCAAUCAAACAGAAGGCACAGAAAUAGGUUUGAGCCACAUGGUUGUAGGUAGUAAGGCAGAAGGCAUUUCCUCUGCGUUAGAGAGCGAUAUCGAUCAUAUGUUUCUGUUUAGUGACGUUAUUUGUGCUAACAGUCUGGAACCAUUUUAUCUUGUAGAAAACAUUACAUUACUGCAAACAGAUACAUCUGACACAUCGCCCGGCUAUACAAAGCUCAGAUUUAUAGACUGCAACGGCGAGAUGUCUGUGGCAUUAUUUCAUGAACAGGGUGAUCUAGCUGACAGGCAGGUGUUACAAGAUAAUUACAUAUCGAGUGAAAAGUUCCUGUCUUUUCAUUAUAAGGGUGUAAGGUCGGUAGAACCACAUCAUGGCAUGAUUCGUGGUCUAAGCGGUCCUGCAAUGGAAUCUGAGAGGUUUUACAAGGAGGACUGUGUUUGUGCGCUACAUUGCUACUGUCCCCAUUUGCUGGAAAACUGGAAAAGACGACCGCGUCAAUAUGACUGGCCUUCUAGAGAUACUCUAGACACUGUCGCAUCUAUGUUUGGUCAGUUAGUUCCAGUAGGCUUCAAAGGCAGUGGUAAUCAGAGACUGGAGUGGAGAUUUUGUUUUAUACAAUCAGAGCUAAAACUCACUUUAUGUCUCAACGAAACACAACUGAAACUCUACAUUCUGUUGAAAAUGAUAACAAAAGAUAUCUUAAGGUCAGUAUGCAGUACUAUUUCAUCCUACAUUAUGAAGAACAUUACGUACUGGAUAUGCGAAUUUCUCCCACCUUUUGUGUUCACAGAAAAGAACUUGCUGACAGUUCUGGUUUUGUCACUUAGGUUUCUGAAACUGUCACUGGAAAAAGGAAACUUUCUACCGUAUUAUAUGAUACCUGAUAGAAAUCUCCUCGCAGAACGACUAACGCCUAAGGAAUAUCAUGGUUUGGCAGAUAUUUUAGAUACUUUAAUUCAAGAGGGGCCGAGAAUCGUGCUACGAUGUAAAAAACUACAAUGCAUCCUAACGUGUGAACUUCAGAGACAGGGGAUCUUAUGGAGGUAUAAAAAGCAAAGAAAUCUGGUCGAAAAAAUGCAGCUGUUUCGUAUCCUCCUUGAUAAAUACGAUUCUUAUAAUGCAGAAAUUUUAGAUUUUCUUCUAGGAGCGAGGUUGUUAAACACUGUCCUACCAGAACGGAGACGUUUGAGAAAUAUGGGACUUUCGACCAGAGAAGUAGAUGUGAUAUAUAGAAAACGAUUGUCCACAUUUCUUUCAUAGUCCUUAGACAAACAGACAUAUUAGCAUGACCGAACAGGUUUCCCAGUAAAAUUAAAAAAAAAAAACAACAUUUCAAGCCCAUUAUUUCAAAAAAACUUCGGCUGGUAAACUUUCAGUGUGCAUGUAUUAAAAUCAAACUUGAUGACUUACAGCGUAUCAUGGCCUUACAAUUAUGAUACUGAAUCGUGUUGGGUAUCAUGGCUUACAUUCAGUAUAUCAGUAGGAAUCGCGAUAUUUGUUUUCAUAUCCAGGUCUGUAUUUUAUUUUUCUUCAACAGUAAUAUGGGCUUACUUUUAAAAUUUUAGCAGCAAAAAUAUGUAUCUUGCUCUUUGUGGACAUCGAAGUAACCUCAGAAAAGUUUUAUUUUUCGACAAUAAAGCGAAACAAUUUUUAAUUUGUUUAUUUCAAAUUUCUUUUGAAAUUACGUUGUACCGCGAUAAACAAAUACUCAUAAAAUAAAUGUAAGCAAAACUGAAUUGCAUGUAUGUGUAUUUGACAAAACGAGAUCUAGUACAGUAAAUGUGGAUAUUCAUAUGAAUGGAGAGAAAAAUGAGCAGGUCUACAUUUUUACUUUAUAAAUUCAGGAGUUAGUGUCUAUUUAUACAGUUAAUAUGUCUAAUGCAAUGAAAGUUUAAUAUGAAUACUAUUUUAUGUUCAAACUAAAAUGUCAUUGUUUGAUACCAUGGUUGUGCCGAUACUUUUGUAUGGAUGCGAGAUUUGGGGAGUUAAUAGUAAUUAUUCCUAAUGUGAAAUAAUAGACUCCGAACUAGGCUUUUCUAAAUGAAAAUUGAAGAAUACCAUUACAAAUUAUAUCAUAUGUAAGGAACGCCCUUCAAAUGUUUGGCUGAAAAUUGUGAAAAAUAACAAUUCUGCAAUCUGAUAAAACUAGGCAACCAUAUUCUGGUUGAAAAUGAAUUUAAUUUUAUAUUGUGUUAGACUAUAAAUAGAUGCCUUAUAAAUAGAUAGCAUAUUUAUGUUUCUUGGCAUUGUUGGAAUAUAUCUUAUUGUUUCGUGUCAACUUAGAAUAAAAAAAGAUUACAUAACUUAUCAAAUUUUAUUAAAGAUGACUGUAUACAAAGAUACAACACCCUUGAAAAUAUUAAUGUUUCCUGAAAUGUACAUUAUAAUAUAUUUUAUAUAACUUGA